AUGGACUUAUUGCCGGUAAACUUUUAUGUUCUUCGUUUUUGCGGAGUAUGGAAAGAACGUGAGGAUAGCAGCUUAAUAGUACGUUUCGUCGGCUUCUGCUACAGGUAUACAAUUGCUGCUAUAAUAUAUCACUUUACUAUAUCUGAGGUAAUCGAGCUCAUUCGUAUGAGGAACAAUAUGGAAGAUUUAACGGAAGGUCUAUUCCUCGCCUUAACUUACAUGACUCUGUGUUUAAAAUAUCUCAAUUUUUUGGUGCGACAAGGCGAAUUACGUACUUUACUAGAUUGUUUUCGCGCCAAGCUAUGCCAGCCGAGAGAUUCCGCGGAGGUAUCGAUACUGAAACAGUAUGAUCGAGAAGCUAAGCAGACUACCUGUUUCUUCAUGUUUAUGUGUCAAACGACGGGUCUAUUGAUGCUCAUAGUGCCUCUAUUGUCUAAGGACGAGAGAUCCUUGCCGUGUAAAGUGUACGUACCGUACUCUAUCGCGGCUUUUCUUCCUUACGUAUUGACUUAUCUUCAACAAACUGCAGCUUUAAUUUACGGAGUUUCGUUGAACGUCUCCUUCGACGCUCUCGUUUAUGGUCUCAUUAUUCAUACCUGCGGGCAGAUCGAGCUCCUGUGCCAUCGAUUGACAGAAACGUUUCGAUUUCUUCACGAGAAUAGCGACGAGAAGAGACACGGCGUCAUUGAAAAUUUCGCUAUUGCGGAAUGUGUGAAGCAUCAUAUUUCGGUGUUUAACAUCACAAAUAGGAUACAGUCUUUAUUUAUGUGGACUACUACCACUUUGUUCUUCUUCAGCCUCCUCACUCUCUGUACCAGCAUCUAUCAAAUGUCCAAAAAAGAACUUUUCAGUCCUGAAUUUAUCACUUUCAUAUUAUAUUUAGGAUCGAUGAUGUUUCAAGUAUUCACAUACUGCUGGUAUGGUAACGAACUCGAUUUAAAGAAUAAAAAUAUCGCGCAUGCUAUUUAUGCUAGCGAUUGGACGGUAAUAUCGACUAAGCAACGUAAAAAUUUAUUGCUUAUAAUGAUGAUAAGUCAAAGAGGAAGAAUACUUUCUUCUUAUGGAUUUUGCACAUUAAUUCUUAGCACUUUCACAUGGAUCCUAAAGACGUCUUAUUCUGCUUUCAACUUAUUGCAACAUGCUUCAAAUUAG